AUGUCUGGCGCAACGGAUAUCCGCAUCAGAGACCGAGCGGCUGAUAUACUGACUCUUACCGAGUUCAAUACAUUCAUAUAUCUGUGCCAAGUAACAACAACGUUGACGACACGUUUAUUAUGCGUAUCGCCAUCCGCGUCGCCUGGGAUACAACCCCCUUAUCUUAGAGACGAACCAGCGGUCCUUCGGGUAAAAGUCUCUCAGUGCGUUUUAGCUUCCUGGGAGGCUAAGCACUUCGUGAACGCGGUCUGCGUGAGGGUUACGACGGCGGGCUCUAUAGAUAAUUCAUUUAGCCCUCAUUUCCCUGUCGCAUACCUUAGGUACAAGAAUGCUGCCUCCCGCAACCGGCUGCCCCCUCUUUGCAAAAUACCAGCGGGUUCGCGUGUCUUCUUCUACGCUUCGAACGGAAAGCUCGUGAGAGGCGUUGUGGAGUCCACGAACCGUAUGGCAGACGGUACGCAAAUGGUUCUCGUCAAGCGCGACGAUGGAGGAAGUAUUACUUUACCAGCUGCUUCUGUGUUCAGCGGUUAG